AAUCAAUAAAAUGCUAAAUUAAAAUUAUUGAAAGUGCAGCACCAAAUUCUAUCUUGCUGAGCUCCACAGUUCUGUGUGUGUGAGAGAGAGAGAGUGAGAGGGAGAGAGAGAGAGAUGGGGAGGAAGAAGGGAGUAGUAUUCGACGAGAGCGCACCGGAUGACUUCGAUCCGGAGAAUCCGUACAAGGACCCGGUGGCGAUGCUGGAGAUGAGAGAGCAUUUGGUGAGAGAGAAAUGGAUCGACAUCGAGAAAGCCAAAAUCCUCCGCGAAAAACUCAAGUGGUGCUACCGAAUCGAAGGCAUCAAUCACCUUCAGAAAUGCCGCCAUCUCGUGCAACAGUACCUCGACGCCACUCGCGGCAUCGGCUGGGGCAAGGACGGCCGCCAUCCUUCCCUUCACGGUCCUAAGAUUGAGGCAACGGCGGAAUGACUGGCUGCUUGUCUUCAUCGGGGU